AUGGACGCUUUAGGGCCGUCUCCCUUCGAUCAAUCAUCGCAGUUCGCCGGGGUCACCGUCACCGCUGCCAACCAGCAAGUCCUUGACUACAUCGAGGCAACCUUCAAUGCAAUCAUACAUGAACUCAGACUCCCGUCAGGCGACGGCAAGCCAGUUGUUGCCCUGAAUCGAAUAGUAGCAGUAAAACCUCACCUCGACGAAGACGACGCCAUGCGAUUGAAAUGGCAUGUCGAAUCCCGAAGAGUCAGAUACCACUUUCCGGGCAAGAACAAGGACGAAGCGCGGCGAUUCGCCUGUGUUGGACGGAUAUUGCGUGAGAUAUAUGUUGCAAUCAAACAAGGUGUCACAAUCACGAAGAGGGACAUUUAUUACCACGACGCGGCUCUUUUCAAAAAUCAAGAAACGGUGGAUCGAUAUGUCGAUGAUAUUGCACACACGUGUCAGGUGACAAGACGAGACCUCAACGUCGUUGCAAGCCCCAAAGGCCUCGUUGCCGGACUCAGCUAUGCUCUCACUAGUGAGCAGGCACCCGUUAUUCAGAUCGUCUGCAUCAAUACCCCCUUCACCGACACGGAACAUAUCAAGUGGAUCCUUGUCAUCGAGAAAGAAGCAACAUUUAAUGCUCUGACUGAGAGAGAAUUCCACCAGAACCCGACCAUCGGACCGGGUCUUCUCGUAACCGCUAGGGGAUAUCCCGACGUCGCCACUCGUAUUUUCUUACGCCAGCUUCUCGAUCACUCUCCGUCCCCUAUCCCGGUAUUUGGCCUGUUCGACUGGGAUCCACAUGGCGUCGGCAUUCUGAAGUGCUACCUAUACGGAUCGAAAAAUUUGGCACAAGAGCAUGGUUGUAAUAUCCCAGAUAUAAGAUGGGUAGGCAUUAAGGCAGAAGAUGUUCUUCCACAUCAAGAUAUCGGCAAUCCGACCAUACAGUUGUCGAAGCGUGACAGAAUGACAGCCAUUGGAUUGCUGGGGAGCCAGGAAUGGCGCGAUCAAGCAGGCACCCCUCUGCCGGGUCUGCAGGAGGCAGUCACCGAGGUUCAGCGGAUGCUCAUGUUGAACCGAAAGGCCGAAAUUCAAAGUUUGGAUGAAAGACCAGGCGGCCUCGAGGGCUGGCUGACUGGGAAGCUGGGGCAACGGCUCUGA